AUGGAUACAUAUAGAGCUCUUCGUAGAAAUUUAAUUUCAAGAAAAUUAUCCCCGCUUGCUUGUGGUUCAGCUUUGCAUUGUUCAUUGAGUAUUUUGCCUGUUUUGGAUAUGAUUGUCGAUUUUUUGCCGAAUCCUACUGAAAACGAUUAUAAAAAUAAUAAAAUUGAUGAUGAAAUUAUUAAAAGUUGUGGAAUUGUUUUUAAGGUCAGUCACGACACGAAAGAAGGACAGUUAAAUUAUGUUCGUCUCUUUAAAGGCGAUAUUGAACUUCCUUCAGCUGGUAAAUAUACGUUAAUCAAUGCAAAUACAGAUGAACUUCAAAAUAAUUAUAAAAUUUUUACACCAUUUAGUGAUUAUUUACAACCAAUUGAAAAAGUUGAGAAUGGGAAUAUUGCUGUAUUUACUGGCCUCAAUAAUACUAAAACUGGGGAUACCCUUAUUAUUUGUGAUUCUUCAUGCAAAAAUAAAUCAUUUGCUCGUUUUGCAUUGGAAGGUAUUAAUUCACCAUCCCCGGUGUUUUCAUGUACAAUUGAAUCACCAACUUUGGCUAGUGAACAGAAAUUUUUAAAAGCACUUUCCGAGCUUCUUGUUGAAGACCCUUCUCUUCGGAUAAGGGAGGAUUCCAACACUGGACAAAAAAUACUUGAGGGGAUGGGAGAAUUGCAAAUUGAAGUCCUUCGUGAACGAUUAUUGAGAGAAUAUAAAUUGGAUGUUUUUAUUGGGCCUAUAAGGAUUGGUUACCGUGAAUCUCCAACGAAGCCAGUUGAACACUCAAAAAUAAUUGAAGACUCAUUAUCUCAAAAAUUACAUCAAUCUUGGAUUUCUUUGAAAUUUUAUAUUGAACCUAUAACGAAAUAUGAUAAUUUUAUUAGUGUGGAAAAUAGAUUUGGAGUAUUUACUGGGGUAGAGUUAUCAUUAGAAUCAGAAAAUACAGAAGAAAUAGAAUCUGCAAAUGAAGUACUUUCAAAACGGCCAGAGUUGCUUAAAGCAAUUAACGAUGGUUGUAGUGUUGCUUUAUUCAAUGGACCAAAAAUGGGAUUUGCUGUUACCAAUGUUAAAGUAUUUUUAAAAUCUUUUACAUUUUCCGGUCGUAUUCAACCAACUUUAUUAAGUGCCUGCGCUAGUCGUUGCCUUUCUGGUGCUUUAAGAAAAUCAGCAAUAAAUAUUCUUGAGCCUUUAAUGCAAAUUGAGGUUACUAUCGUUGCUGGAAUUUCUGGAAAAACAUCAAUAAUUACUGCAUCAAUUCCUUUAUCAGAAACAAUUGGACUUUCCAAAAUUUUGAGAACAAUUUCUUCUGGAUUGGCAAGUUUUAAUUUAGAACAAAAAGGCUAUCAAUCUGUUGAUGUUGAAAAUGUUCAUAUAAAUAUUUGA